UGAUCUUUUGUUUGUUUUGAAGCUGCUGGCAGGAAAGUGGGGAGGAGAAAAUUACCUAAGUGAUAGAGAGCUUGCCAUGAACUAUAUAAAACUGGGAAAUCAAAGCGGAGAAACUCCACCUCGCACUCCCAGACCACAAGCACAACCCCUGAAGAGAAACCCACCCCACAAAGUGAGUGAUCUCAAAGGCUUGAACUCCAAGCAAAGCCGCAUGAGCUCAGAGCUGCUGCAGGACUGAGGAGCCCGGGUCCCAAAAGCGGCGCUUUUUUGGGAGCAGGGAACGCCUCUUUUGGGAAUUCCCACAGCCAUGAAGUGGAGGCAGCUCCUGGGCAUCACCCUCUGCGUGCUGGAGCUGGCUGGCUGCGCUGCCAGGAGCACGGCAGACACCCCCACAGCGACGGCAGCCAGGGAUGGCAGCAGUGGGACAGCCAGCACCGCCAGCACAGCCACGGGACACGCCAGCAGCACCAAACCAACCUCUGCUGGAACCGUGGCCGGGUCCGUGGCCACCAGCCCGACAUCGACAGGGCUCCCAGAGCAGCUGAGGACGAGCCCCCAGCCCAGCCCGGCCCCCACCUCACUGCCGGACACCUCGGUGGGGCCACACGGGAGCCCGGGGGUCUCCACAACCCAGGACCCCCCGACACAGCCCAGGGACACAGGGACAGACACCGUGGCCUCCACGGUGACCGGGAGCAGCUCUGUGGCCACCUCAGAGCAUCCCCAGGUGCCAACGGCCACCACGGCCCUGCAGCCGGCCCUGAGCCAUGAGCCUGCCCCCGCUGCCAUCGGGUGCCACCGUGCCAGGGACGAGGGGGACACCGGAGCCAUCUGCCUGCGGCUCAACGAGUCCCGGAGCUGCGAAAACUUCUUAGAGAGGAAGGGAUGGGAUUUGUGGCAAGCAGUAUGUGAAAAUAGAACCCACACCGUGGACUCCCCCUGCGAGAUCAAACUCACUCCAUCCAGCCUGGACAGGGACUGCUUGCUCCUCAUCCUCAAAGGAGAGAAAGACCCUGACAACCUUCUGGACGCUCUCCAGAAGUCUCCCUGGGCAAAGUUUGGAAUAGAAUCCCUUAAAAAGGAGAGCAGGAGGAGCCAGAGGGACUCUUCCCAGAAGACGCUGAUCGCGCUGGUCACAUCUGGGCUGCUGCUGGCCUUCCUGGGCCUGGCUGGAUAUUUCCUGAUGAAGAGGCGCAGCUGGAGCCCCGCGGGAGAGAGGCUGGCUGAAGACCCCUACUACACGGAGAGCCAGGGGAACACCAUGCUGAUGAGCCCAUCCCAGGAGCCAGCAGAGCUGCAGGAGAAGCCAAACCUCCCAAACCUCCCAAACCUCAACGGGGGCACCCAGGAGAACGGGACGGGCCAGGCGUCCUCCAAGAGCGGCCGCUCGGGCCGGCAGCAGAGCCCUGCCGACACCCAGAUGUGAGCAGGAGCCUCCAGGGCAGGGCAGGAGAUUUCUCUGCUCACACAGGGAAUUGCAGACCUUCUGUACCUUUAUUAUUGCCUCUGUGGAGAACUUCAAAACCAGCCUGAAGCACGCUGAGCUGCCCAAGAGCGGCUCCUCUGCCUCCUCCUCCUCCUCCUG